GCUUUCGAAGGAAAUCCGCGUCCCACCUAAUCCACUCCCUGAAUUCUCCUCUUCAGUCUUCCGGCUCUACCUACCCUCCCCCAGCACACCGCUGUUCCGUACUUUGGUGGGCCAUCAGACUACGCAUUCACUUCGUCCCGCGUGCUACCAAACAAGCCACUCGGCAGUGUUUAUACAUGCACUGGCUCUCGAAGUAAUAAACGGGAAAUCGCUUCAGCCGCAUUCCGAAAUCCUAAUGGCAUCCGUUUCCAGAGCGAAUUCCAGUGGCUCGAAGCUGCAGCUUUAUUCAUACUUCCGGAGCUCGUGCGCGUGGCGAGUACGGAUUGCUUUGAAUUUGAAAGGGUUGGAUUAUGAGUACAAGGCAGUGAACCUGUUGAAAGGAGAGCAGUUCAGUCCAGAGUUUUCAAAGCUCAACGCUCUUAAUUAUGUUCCGGUGCUGGUCGAUGAGGACAUAGUAAUUGCCGACUCUUUAGCCAUCAUCCUGUAUUUGGAGGAGAAGUACCCUCAGAAUCCACUGUUGCCUAAAGAUCUUCACAAAAAGGCCAUUAAUUUUCAGGCUGCAAAUAUUGUCUGUGCCAACAUUCAGCCUUUUCAGAAUCUUGCUGUCCUGAACUACAUUGAAGAAAAAAUUAAUACCAAUGAGAAGCUUGUAUGGGCUCAAUAUCAUAUAGGAAAAGGCUUUGCAGCUCUCGAGAAGCUGUUAAAAGAUUUUUCCGGAAAAUAUGCGACGGGGGAUGAGGUGUUCCUGGCGGAUUUGUUUUUGGCCCCCCAGAUUCAUACAGGAUUUACCAGGUUCAAGCUCGAUAAGUCCGAGUUCCCUCUUCUAAGCAAGCUUCAUGAAGCUUAUGAGAAGCUACCGGCAUUCUGCGCAGCUAUUCCGGACGUGCAGCCAGAUGCCGUGAAACCAUAAGCUCCCCUUUCAUGUAUAAUGAUCUACAGUGUUAGUUUGUAUUAGUCCAGAUGGUGUUUAAUAAUGAAAAGGAUAUCCGUCCACACAGCAUUAGUCCAAAUGAUGACCAGUGAUUUCUUGGAUUGCCCUUUAGGGGCUUUUCAGGGUAGCUGGGGGUAGUCGUCUUUGGAUUAGUUGGAUGAUCCCUUUACCCUCUGUGGAAUCUAAGGUAAACGAAAGGAAACAAAAAAAACAAUAAUUAUGUAAUGAUGAUUUUUAUGAGAACCAUUGAAAUAUUGAUUUCAAUUUUGAGUUCU